AGUAACACUACCGCUGCAUGCGCGCAAAUGAUACUCGAACAAAUAUGUAACGUCUGCCGCUCUAUAAUUGACUGCCGAGGACACAAAUGAUCACAGCAUGUCGUGAGAGAAUAAUAGAUAUGCUUCUGCGUGCAAAGCAAAGCAUAUUUGGUAGACGGAGUAGGAGUUCCUUAGGGGCUGAUCUCUACGUUUGCCUCAGGCACAAAUGAUAACUGGCUCGGGACUUUCGGCAGCCGAUAUUUAACCGAUAAGGCGGGGUUGAAAGAAGUAAAGAACAAUUUGCAAUUUCGUGGAUGAAGAUGCAAGCUUGAAGAAAAGGAAACCCUUAACGCUGCAUACCAAGAAUAUUUCAUCACCUGAUUCUCAUUGGACACGCUUCCCCUUUUUAACAAGUUAUUUCUAGAUAUAACCGAGUAUUUGAGAUUGAUUGUUUGGCUAGUUCUAGAGAGUUGUGUUUGAUCAAGGUGGCGGUGUCAUCAUCAGCAGCUGCGGGUCCACCAGAUUUGGAGAACGAAGAGCUGCAGGAGCAGAUACGGAGAGUAAGAGAUUUGAGAGAAAAUCUUAGGAUGAAUACGGAGCCAUCUAGAGUACCGGGGGAGGAUGAGUUGUAUGUUGGAGGGUAUGUGCUGUACUGCCCACGCACGUGACACCAUUUGUUUUCUUUGCCUUGGGCUCACGCCCGUUGCAUUAUUUCCGUCUGGUGGUCUUAUAUGCUUGUAUCUUUUAAUGAGAAAUAGACAUGGUCUAACAUAAAGCAGCAUUGUCUCAUUAACGGAAAACUCUCUCCAAAAGAACAAUAUCACACAUAUUGUGAGUGUUCUGAAAUAUGAUUUCAAGAACUUCAAUAUCAACUGGAAUAAGUACAAACAUCUUCAGAUUGAGGUUGAUGAUGUCGAGGAUGAGAACUUGCUGGCUGAGUUUGAGGCAACGGGAGCUUGGAUUGAAGAGGCCUUGAAGGGUAAUGGAGAGGGUGAAGGAGAAGAGGGGGAGAAAAAGAAAGGUGCCGUACUUGUUCAUUGGUAAGUGGUGAUUGUUCGUCUUGUUGAUUGAUAGAAGCUACAUACGAAGAGAAUUUCACGAGUAUCAUUCUACUCGACAUGACAGUUCCUUUUAUGAGAUUAAAUAAAGAGAUGUCGAGUGACAACGCCUAUCUUCUAUUGAUUCAUCACUCCUAUCUUCCAAUUAUCUACUCCAAGACAUUAAUAUUUUCAGUGCCAUGGGACGCUCCCGGUCUGUAACUAUUUUAAUUGCCUACCUUUUGCGCCAAUAUCCUUCUGUCACUCCCGCCAUAGCGCUCGCCCAGAUCCAACAAACGCGCCCUUUCGCCGAGCCGAAUGAUGGAUUUAUGGCCCAGCUUCAAUUAUAUCAUGAAAUGGGCUGUCCACGAAACAUAGAUGAACAACCUAAGUAUCAACGAUGGCUGUAUCAGAGAGAAGUCGAGUUAGCUGUUGCUACAGGAGGACGACCUGAUUGGGUAAGGUUUGAAGAUGAAGUAGAGCAGGAUGGACCGAAGCCAGACGGCAAGGAAAAGGAGAUCAGGUGUAGGAUGUGUCGGUAAGCUCUCUUUUAUCUCUUUUCUUGGCUUCUUUCCCUUCAUCACUACACAUGCUCUCUAUCAAUAAAGAGCAUCCCGAUAUAAAAAUCAAGCUAACAGCCCCAAAAGUCGCACUCUCGCCACAACCCCCUACCUGAUCCUUCACACCCCCAACCUCAGAGCAGCAUCCUCUCCUACCUCCUUCAUAAAUCCCCAAACAACACCCAUCUCCUCCCUUCCUCCCACUCCUCAUCACAGCUCUUGCACUCAUCACUUCCUACACCCUCUAUCCUGGAUGCGUCCGGAACUCGAACUAGGAAACUUAUCCGGAAGACUGGAGUGUCCGAAUCAAAAAUGCAAAGCCCAGAUAGGGAAAUAUGCGUGGCAGGGGAUGCGAUGUAGUUGCGGGGUAUGGGUCUGUCCCGCUUUUAGUUUGUUAAAGGGAAGAUGUGAUGAGGUUACGAUUAGGAAAAGAGUUGAAGGGGGAAGCAUCGGUGCGAGGGGUAUUAGACUACCUCCUGGGAUGAAAGAAGGAGGAAGUACGAUAGCGAGGGAGAAGGGAAGUUUGUGAGUCUCCGGGAUGAGCUGAGAAGGGUUGUUUGUUGCUGUUGGGGCUGGGGAAGGAUGCACGGAUGCAUGUAUGGUUUUCAUCACGGUGCGCUAUAAUACAGUAGUAAGACUUACGGGAUGCACGGCUAAGGCUCAUUCAAUUGUGUUUGUAAGGACUAAGAUACACCUUUGAUGAGAUAAAUUAUGUAGCACACCACACAAAAUACC